GUUGCCCGGCAACAACGGCGGCGGCGGGACCGGCGGUCGCCAUGUCGGUGCGGACGCUGCCGCUGCUGUUCCUCAACCUGGGCGGGGAGAUGCUGUACAUCCUGGACCAGCGCCUCCGGGCCCAGAGCAUCCCGGGCGAGAAAGCCCGCAAAGGUAAGCAUUCAUGUCAGUCCUCACAGGUGUCAGUGUCCAAAUUCUCAGUGUGGAACAAAUCCUGUGCUGUUUCUGAAGCAAAAACCCAGAGGCUCUUUGUCUUUGCAGUUAUGAAUGACAUCAUCACAACUAUGUUCAAUAAAAAGUUCAUGGAAGAGCUGUUUAAACCGCAGGAACUCUAUUCCAAGAAGGCGCUACGAACAGUGUACGACCGCCUGGCUCAUGCUUCAAUCAUGAGACUGAACCAGGCAAGCAUGGACAAGCUGUAUGACCUGAUGACAAUGGCUUUCAAAUACCAAGUGCUGCUGUGCCCCCGGCCCAGGGACAUUCUGCUGGUCACCUUCAAUCACCUGGAUGCCAUCAAGGAUUUCAUAUAUGAUUCCCCUGGGAUUAUGAAUCAGGUGGAUGAAACUUUCCGACAGCUGAUUGAUACAUACAGCUGCCUCUCUGAUGGAGAAUUUCAGCUCAUCAGGCAAACGCUCCUCAUUUUUUUUCAGGACAUGCACAUACGGGUUUCUAUCUUUCUGAAGGAUAAAGUGCAAAACUCUAAUGGUCGCUUCGUGCUGCCAAUAUCAGGCCCUGUUCCUUGGGGCACAGAAGUUCCAGGACUCAUCAGGAUGUUUAAUCAUGAGGGAGAUGAAGUUAAAAGAACUGAGUUCACCACUCCUGGAAAUUAUGUUACUCCACAAAGGGAAGGAUCUUUUGGUCUUUAUGGAGACAGAGUCCUCAAACUCGGAACAAAUAUGUACAGCAUUAGUCGGCCAGUAGAGACACACAUGUCAGGAUCAUCCAAAAACUUGACAUCCCAUGCAAAGGAGAAUAUAGUCCCUAACCCUCUUGCUAAAGAAGAACUGAACUUCCUGGCCAGGCUGCUGGGAGGUCUGGAGAUCAAGAAUCCCAGUGGCAGUGACACAGGAUUUCGACUGAAUUUGUUCACAACCGACGAGGAGGAAGAACACGCUGCACUGACUAGACCUGAAGAGUUAUCAUACAAGGUUAUCAACAUAGAAGCCACACAGGAGCCGGGCCGGCGGGAGGAGCUCUCCUGCAUCCUGGGGGAGCUGGAGGUGGAGGAGCCGCGCCCGGCGAGCUCCGAGAAGGGCGAAGACCUCCUGGCGCUGAUGGAUGCGCUCUGA